AUGGAAUCUCAACCCCUGGAAAGAACCCCACAGGAAAUGGCACUAAAUAAUCCGAUCAUUUUGAUGGAGAUAUUUAAACAGACCUCCACCCCGUUGAAAACUUGUCGACUAGUUUGCCAAUUUUGGAACGAAAUGGUCCUCUCCCUGCCAAAUACGAGACUUGCGUUAAAAUUGAACGACGAGUUUGACCGGAAUAAGAACACAUAUUCCUUUUUCGACUUAUGCUUCUCAUUAAAUGACCGACUUGCGAAACGGAUCAGGGCCUCGUGUCACACCGAAGUGACGGACGACUUCGCCUUCAGAGUGACCCUCUUCUGCGACAAAUUUAGCGACAUCGUGCAAAUUUUGGAGCUCUCCAUCGACAGCGACAGCUUGCAAUAUAUCCACCAAGUCUUGACUAAUUGCUGCCCGAAUUUGCAACAGCUACGAAUUUUUUGCGGAUUUACAAUUCGCGAAAGAAUUUUGAUGGAACCGCUGCCACCCAAACUAAAGUUGACAUCUUUUGUACUUACUGCCAUAUCAAAAGUACAGGUUUGGAAUCUUACCAGUUUUGCUCAGGUGGUUGUCAACGCGUCGAAAAAUUUAAGAGAGGUCACCCUCCCAUGGGGAAUGCAUCUUAAUUUGAAAAAAUUAAAAUUCCUUGACUCCUUGACCAUCGCACUGAAUAACCUUUCAUCACGUCACAUCAAUCGCUUUAAAUCUUCCGAGCUCUCCCGUAUGCUGAAUCAGAUUGGCCACCAACUGGUCACCCUAGGUUUUGGGGCAUCCGAUGACAUGGACACCAUCCUGGAUUCAAAAAACUGGAAUAGACAAGAAUUCCGGAUACCGGGAAAGAUGUCGAAACUGAAAAAAUACCGGAACGUGCUGGUCGACGUUUUUCAAUGCGACGACGUCUUGCAAGACUUGCAAAGAAUGCCCGCCCUGACAACGCUGGUUAUUGGGAAGACGUUCGGAACAGGGUCGGCAGGUUUGCAUGAAUAUUUGCAAACUAUUUUCAACGCGAAGAAGGUUUUUGGAAAUGUGAAGAUUUUGAAGAUUUUUGAAAUGCAUGAUCGCACGCUUUUGGAGGGAUUGAAGACUGCAUUUCCGAACCUGGUGAGAUUGCUGUUGGGUACGAACAGUAGGACAGGCGACGACGGGGAGGGGAUGGAGUUGGGCGGUGUUCUUAAGGCGUGUGUGGGUUGGGUGGGGUUGAAACAUUUGGAAUUGUGGCUGCCCUUGUACCCAAAAGAAAUUAUGGGUGUCAUUAAGGCUCUGUUGGAUGGCGUGCAAUUGUAUAAAAAGCUUAAAACGUUGACAAUUAUGGAAUGCUGGGGGGAUUGGGUGAUACGGGAUUUGACCGAGGUCGAGAUGGACAUGUUUAAACAACUCCUUUUGGCGAUGGAUGGAAUGGACCAGGUCGAAAUUCACGAUCUUUAUCUUAGCAAGGAAUCUGCCAGAGACAUAUUUGAAUUCAUGGAGUCAAACAAAAUGUCGGUGUCCAAGUUUAAGAUAUUUUCGGGAAAGACGUAUCCUGACUAUGAGGAAAUUUGAUUGUGUGCUAAUAUAUUUUAAGGGAAUGGCGUUAACACUUGCUUAUACGAAAAUAACUCUUUAAAAUGCCAAAUUUCGCCAUGAAUUGC